UAAGAAUUGUUGAUUAAUUACUAUAUAUUUCCAAAAAAAUUAUGCAUUCUUAGCACGAUUUUGUGAAAUGAAAGAUCAUAAACACUCAGUGCAACAUACGUAAGACCAAAAAUAUGUUCAACAUUUGCUAAGAUCUAAAAAGUCGGGCAUCCAUGCAAAUGGAUGCACACCAAGCCACACACCCUACAUUGUUUCACGUUGCUGCGUUUACCAAGCAUAGCCUCUGAUCAUUUUCUGUUUUCAUGUAUAAAAUCCCCCAUGAUCAUCACAUCUCAUAUCCACACGGCCAUCUUUCUUCUCCCUUCUUCGAUGCUGUACUGUAACAAUAAAAGAAGAAAAUAACGUAGCUUAAGGAGAAAGAUGGCAGCUGCGAAUAAAAUAGUGCUUCCCUUAGUGUCCCUCGUCUUAGUGGUGGGCAUUGUGUGCGGGGCAGUGUUCGUGUUCCGCAAGAGCGGUGACGGAUCAUCCCAGGAAGACCAUGGCGGCAUUUCCACAGGCUCUAUGAAGUCUGUCACCACCUUCUGCCAGUACGCCGAAUUCAAAGACGCAUGCGCCAAGAGCCUCUCCCCUGUUGCCAACAACCAAUCGGCCACCACGAAGGACUUCAUCCUCGCAAUCCUUAAAGCCACCAUCGAUGAGGCCUCCAAGUCCCACCAGGUCGCACUCAACACGAAGGUCGACCAGGCUGCGGACCCUUACGACCACGUGGCCGUGGAGGACUGCAAAGACAUGCUCCAGGAUGCCAUUGCAGAUCUCCAGGCAUCUUUCUCAGCAGUCGGUGAUAGCGAGCUCCACACCCUCAAUGACCGUGUUGAUGAGCUGCUCAACUGGUUGUCUGCGGUUUACGCCUACCAGACAACCUGCAUGGAGCAGCUGGAGAAGCCAGAGUACAAAUCGGCCAUCGAGGAAGGGAUGGUGAACGCCACCCAACUCACUAAUAACGCUAUCAACAUCAUUGCUGAGAUGUCUAAGGUGAUGGAGGCGUUCAACAUCACAGGUGCCGCGACCGACUUACUCACCACCUCUGCUGCCUCCCGCCGCCUUCUGGAAGGUGAGGAACAUGGUGAUUAUCCUGCAUGGUUCCCUUCAGCAUACAGGAAGCUUUUGGCGGCACAAAAAGCAGGACAGGUGACACCUCACGCUGUGGUGGCCAAGGACGGAAGCGGCAAGUAUAAGACUGUUUCGGCCGCUUUAAGCGCAUACCCACCAAAACAUCAAGGCAAAUACAUCAUAUAUGUCAAAGCUGGAGUGUACGAUGAAACAGUGUUGGUCGACAAGAAGAUGAACAAUGUCUUCAUGUACGGAGAUGGUGCUGGAAAGACCAUCAUCACCGGGAAGAAGAACUUCGCCUUCGACAAGAUCACCACCUCCAAGACUGCUACUUUUACUGCCCUCGGGAGCGGGUUCGUCGCGCGUGGGAUCACCAUCCGCAACACCGCAGGCGCAGAAGGACAUCAGGCAGUCGCUUACAGGAGCCAGUCUGAUAUGUCUGCCCUCUUCGACUGCUCCAUCGAAGGUUACCAAGACACGCUGUACUACCACACUUACCGCCAGUUUUACCGUAAUUGCGUCAUCUCAGGCACCAUCGACUUCAUCUUUGGUAAGGGCACUGCCCUCAUUCAGAACAGCGUCAUCAUCGCAAGGAAGCCACUGGCGAACCAGUUCAACACCAUCACCGCAGAUGGGAAAGAGCUGGCAAAGGCCAAGGGAGGAUUGGUGCUCCAGAACUGCAGGAUCGUUGCGGAGGCUGCACUCUUCCCGGCUCGAUUCCAAUUGAAGACCUAUCUCGGAAGGCCAUGGAAGGCAUACUCAACAACAGUGGUCAUGGAGAGUGAAGUGGGCGAUGUCGUGAGCCCAGACGGAUGGAAGCUUUGGGACGGGGAGAAGUUUGAGAACACAUGCAUCUACAAGGAGCAUGGUAACUUCGGACCAGGGGCAGACACCAGGAGGAGGAACAGAGCCUUCAAGAAGUGGCAGGUGAUUGAUCGCAAGACUGCCGGCCAAUUCACUGCUGGACCAUGGCUCGAUGGACACACCUGGUUGCACACCACCGGCGUGCCUUUUGCCCUCAGUUUCACUAGAUGAUCAAUGACCAUUGGGAAUUAGGGAAAUGAAAAGUAAUGAAUUGAUUCAUAAUUAAAAGAAAAAAACGAGUAAAGUAACUCAUUAUGUAUUCAUGUAUGUAUUAAUU